CUCCCCUUCCUUUUUCAUGAAGCCACUCGCGCUAAGCUUUGUUCUACGCGUCUCCAUCGCUCCGCCUACUCUUCCUAUCAGGAUUUUUCAUUGCAUCCAUUUUUGUGCAUUUAAGAAAUCUCCAAGAAUUAUAAACCUGGAGAAAAGCGAGAAAGAGAGAGUGUGGGACAAGGCCUCGAAAGAAAAACAAACAAGGAAAGAGACGACGUCUUUAUUUAAAAAUGCGAGCAAACCCAUUCUAAAGGAUGACCGCGAUGGGUUAGACAGGCUGGAACAUGAUUGCAAAAUAAAAGCAAUUGUGUGUAGCGAUGUCAGCUCCACUCGGGCCCCAGGGCCCAGGCGCUCCCCCGCCGGCUGGAGCCCUACCCGACCUGCCGGACCUCAGCCACCUCACUGAGGAUGAGAGGAAGAUCAUCCUGGACGUCUUGGACCGACAGAAAAAGGAAGAUGAGAAGGAACAGUCAAUGCUAAAGGUCAAAGAAGAACAAAAGCCUCAGCCGGCACAGUGGUUUAGUCCCUUUAGUGGGAUCACUGAGCUGGUAAAUAACGUUCUGCAACCGCAGCAAAAGUCCCAAAAUGAGAAGGAGCCUGAGCCUGAGCCUGAGCCUGAGACGAAGUUGCACCAGCAGUUUGAGAGCUACAAGGACCAGGUGAAGAAGAUGGGGGACGAUACGACCCCACAGACAGGGACGACAGGAGAACCCCAGAAGAACCCCAACGACUCUCCUACCUGCGGGAUUUGCCACAAAACCAAAUUCGCUGACGGCUGCGGCCACCUCUGUUCAUAUUGCCAAACGAAAUUCUGUGCUCGGUGUGGAGGACGAGUGUCUCUGCGGUCAAAUAAGGAGGACAAAGUGGUUAUGUGGGUAUGCAACUUGUGCCGAAAACAACAAGAAAUCCUAACCAAGUCGGGGGCGUGGUUCUACAGCGGCGCCGCAGGGCCACGGGGCGUGUCUGAGGGCCCCAGGGGUCGACGUCACGAGGAGGCCCCCCAGGAGAAGAAGGCCAAACUGCAGCAGGAUCUCCUCUACCAGGGGCCCGCAGGGGACGUAUCAGCAGACAGAAGCAGACCUCCCGGGCUCCCCAGACAAGGCUCCCUCAACAACGGCUCAGGGCUGAGGCACUCAGGUCCAGGACAGGACAUAGACAGGAAACGAAGCCCAUCAGCAUCCAGGGAUCCAAACCAAAGAUACGACCAAAGGGAGGAGCGGGGUCAGUAUGCCCCGGGGGACGGCACCAUGCCCAGAUCACCGUCCGACUACGGGGAUGGGGACGCUCGGCGUGGGGCCCCACGGAGGUACCAAGACGCUGAGGCAGCGCGGGGGGAGUACCGUGGUGGGCGUGGCCGCUGGCGCUCCCAGGAGGACUAUCCUCUGGACCAGGACGGGCCCUACCCUCUAGACGGGCAGCCCAGUGAGUACGAGCUGCAGCGCCAGCGCCAGGAGGAGUACCAGACACGCUACCGCUCCGACCCCAACCUGGCCCGUUACCCCGUCAAGCCCCAGCCCUACGAGGAGCAGAUGAGGAUGCAUGCUGAGGUGGGCCGGGCCAGGCACGAGAGGCGCCACAGUGAUGUGUCUCUAGCCUACACGGAGCAGGACGAGCCCCAGGGACCUAUCCGCCUGUCCAGACAUCACCUGACCGAGCGCCGGCUGCCCAUGGUGGGCCAACGCUCCUACUCCAUGGACAGAAACUCCCCCACCCCUGGAGGCCACCACCGGACCUCCAACCACAGCCCCCCCACCCCACACCGCAGCCCCGUGCUGGGGGACAGGUCAGGGGACAUGAGGCGGGGGCCAGGGGAGCCAAUAGGGUUCAGGAGUCAUGAUUAUCUGGACCCCAGCUCUGCAGUCAGGAAGACCAAGAGGGAGAAGAUGGACACCAUGUUGAGGAACGACUCUCUGAGCUCUGACCAGUCCGAGUCCAUCAGGCCGCCGCCACCAAAGCCCCACAAAACCAAAAAGGGGGGUAAGAUGCGGCAGGUGUCCCUGAGCAGCUCGGAGGAGGAACUGGCCACCACGCCGGAGUACACCAGCUGUGAGGACGUGGAGAUAGAGAGUGAGUCUGUCAGUGAGAAAGGGGACAGUCAAAGGGGGAAAAGAAAAACUAUUGAGCAGGCAUUUUUGUCCGACUCAACACACAACACCUUAUCUGAGAGGCAAAAGAAAAUGGUGCGCUUUGGGGGCCACUCAUUGGAAGAGGACGCAGAAUGGUGCGAACCCCAGGUUAAAGACUCUGGCGUUGACACAUGCAGUAGCACUACCCUAAACGAGGACAAUCAGCAUAGCCAUAGUGAGAAGCAUCCAGUGACAUGGCAGCCCUCCAAAGAUGGGGAGCGCCUAAUAGGGCGUAUUCUGCUCAACAAGCGGAUGAAGGAUGGAAGUGUACCUCGAGACUCAGGAGCACUGCUGGGACUGAAGGUGGUGGGUGGAAAGAUGACAGAAUCUGGUAGACUUUGUGCUUUCAUCACUAAAGUGAGGAAAGGAAGUCUAGCGGACACUGUUGGACACCUCAGACCAGGCGACCAGGUGCUGGAGUGGAACGGGAGGUUUUUACAAGGAGCCACAUUCAAAGAAGUUUACAAUAUCAUUCUAGAAUCAAAGCCAGAACCCCAGGUGGAACUGGUGGUCUCAAGGCCCAUAGGAGAUAUUCCUCGGAUACCAGACAGCACACAUGCACAACUGGAAUCAAGUUCGAGUUCCUUUGAGUCUCAGAAGAUGGAUCGCCCCUCUAUCUCUGUCACGUCUCCCAUGAGCCCCGGGAUGCUGCGGGACGCCCCCCAGUACCUGUCAGGACAGCUCUCAAGCCAAAGCCUUAGUAGAAGAACAGCGCCUUUUGUCCCUAGGGUCCAGGUCAAACUGUGGUAUGACAAAGUGGGCCAUCAGCUAAUAGUCACCAUCCUGGGAGCCAAGGACCUGCCUUCUAGGGAAGAUGGCCGCCCCAGGAACCCUUACGUCAAAAUCUACUUCCUCCCUGACAGAAGCGACAAAAGCAAGAGGAGAACAAAAACGGUAAAGAAAUCCUUAGAGCCCAAAUGGAACCAGACCUUUAUGUAUUCUCCUGUGCACCGGCGGGAGUUCCGUGAGCGCAUGUUGGAGAUCACCCUGUGGGACCAGGCCAGGGUCAGGGAGGAGGAAAGUGAGUUCCUGGGAGAGAUACUGAUAGAGCUGGAGACAGCCCUGCUGGAUGAUGAGCCUCACUGGUACAAGCUGCAGACCCACGACGUGUCCUCCAUGCCCCUCCCCCGCGCCUCGCCCAACCCCCAGCGCAGACAGCUCCACGGAGAGAGCCCCACGAGGAGGCUACCCAUACAGAACAAGGGGCCGUAUUCGUACAAUUCAGGAUCUCAGAGAAUCAGCGACAGUGAGAUCUCUGACUAUGACUGUGAAGAUGGUGUUGGGGUAGUGUCAGACUACCGGCAGAACGGCAGGGACCUACAUAGUUCCACGUUGUCUGUCCCCGAGCAGGCGAUGUCAUCCAACCACUGCUCGCGGUCGGCAGACAUGAACCGGGCGAGGUCGCGGUCUCCCAGCGUCCCCCCUCCACAGAGCAGAAGUCUGGACCCCGGCUAUGACAUUGACCCCGCCUCGUCUCAGUACAGCUCCUCCAGUAGAGUUGACCGGCGCAGUGUGUCCGAUGACCACCACUCACCUGACAGCCGCAACCACCGCAUAUCCAACAUCAGUCGAGAAGAGGCUGUCAGGUUACUGCGCUCCACUAGGAUGUCCCGAGCCCACUCAGAGGGCGCGUACUCCUCCUCUGCUUCCGUCGACUAUGACUACAAGAGGAACCACGGAGCCGUUGAUAGACAUGUGUAUCACAGCAGGUCCAGGUCAGCUGACCAGCGUCCCGCGCUAGAGCGCACCACCACCUCCCGCUCGCGGUCCACGGAGAGGCCCGACUCCACCCUCAUGAGGUCCAUGCCGUCUUUACCCUCCGGACGCUCCGCCCCUCCCUCACCUGCCUUAACGAGGGCGAACCCCCGCAGCGGAUCGGCCCAAACCAGCCCUACCAGUACCCCCAUGUCCGACAGGAGAGGCGGUCGGCAACUACCACAGCUUCCACCCACAGGGACCAAGGGCAGAAAAGACACGGACUCACCAGGUUGGACCAGCUCAGGUGCUAUGGAUGUGGAGGAGAGGACCAGACAGAUGAAGCUGAAGGUGAACAAGUUCAAGCAGGGGGCCGGGUCCGACUCCAGACUGGAACAGGACUACAACAAGAGGAGGGAUGGUCAGCGGGGUUCAGACAACAUGUCAGCCAAGUCUUCGGACAGUGAUGUAAGCGACGUGUCCGCUGUGUCGAGAACCAGUAGUGCCUCUCGGUUCAGCAGCACGAGCUACAUGUCUGUCCAGUCAGAACGGCCGCGAGGAAAGCAGAAGAUCAGCUAUUCCGAAUCAAGGAACCAAUCACGGGAAGGGGAUGAACAUUUGGGGGAGGUGCUGGAGGAAGAGGAAGCUGGGCGAGAGGUGGGGGGGGGAGAGGGGGGUACACAUAGAGGGCAGGGUAAACAGAGGGAAGGGGAGGAGGAGGAGGCUAAAGAGGAAGGAGGUGAGAGGAGGACCACUGUAGUCACACAGAAGUCACAGGAGGAGAUCAAUGAAGAGGAAAUGCUUCGGAGGAGGUUCUCAGAGACUGACCUCAGGCAGUUGGGCACGUCGUCAGGGAGUAUGAACAUGACCAAGAGCACAAGCAUCGGUGGAGACAUGUGCAACCUGGAGAAGACGGACGGCAGCCAAUCGGACACGGGCGUGGGCAUGGUAGGCGGGGACGGGGACGGGGACAAGAAGAGACGCUCCAGUAUUGGUGCCAAAAUGGCAGCAGUGGUUGGCCUCUCGCGGAAAAGCAGGAGUACCUCUCAGCUCAGCCAAACAGAAGCCGGUGGGAAGAAGCUUCGCAGCACCGUGCAGAGGAGCACAGAGACGGGCUUGGCCGUAGAGAUGAGGAGCAGGAUGACUCGGCAGGCCAGCAGAGAGUCCACCGACGGCAGCAUGAACAGCUACAGCUCAGAGGGAAACCUGAUCUUCCCUGGUGUUAGGCUGUCCUCCGACGCCCAGUUCUCUGACUUCCUGGAUGGACUAGGCCCAGCCCAGCUGGUUGGACGACAGACGCUAGCUACACCACCCAUGGGUGACAUCCAGAUUGGAAUCGUGGACAAGAAAGGAGCGCUGGAGGUGGAAGUGAUCCGAGCCCGUGGCCUUGUGGGAAAACCAGGUUCCAAGGCACUGCCAGCACCAUAUGUAAAAGUGUAUCUUUUGGAAAACGGAGCCUGCAUAGCCAAAAAGAAAACAAAAGUAGCAAGAAAAACCUUGGAUCCCCUUUACCAGCAGCAACUGCCGUUCGAAGAGGCUCCUGGAGGGAAAGUUCUACAGAUCAUCGUAUGGGGCGACUACGGACGCAUGGACCAUAAAUCUUUUAUGGGAGCAGUUCAGAUACUUUUAGAUGAGCUGGACCUGUCUAACAUGGUGAUUGGCUGGUUCAAGCUCUUUCCUCCUUCCUCAUUGGUGGACCCUACCCUGGCCCCCUUGACAAGAAGAGCUUCCCAAACGUCAUUGGAUAGCCGGUCAUAGCAGUGUGUGGACUGAAAGCAUUGUUGUAGCAGCAGCACCCAGUGCUGAGGUUAAACAUGCUGCGACAGACAGGUCACGCCCCCCGGUUACACUGCAUGCUUGAUGUUGUGUCUUCUGAGCCUGUUUCUAGGGGUGCAAACGUGAUCCUGUGUUUUGAGAAAAAUGUCGCACACAUUGUGCGUAGCGAGCGUCGCUCCCUCGGCCGGGUUGGAGCGCCAGCUCGGAUUAGAAGGCCGUAACGGACUCCUUAGCACGAGGAAUUGUCUCUAAAUCGAGCGAUUCCAGGUUUUCAUCCAAUCUUAAGCCAUGGGGGUCGGAACUGGGAACCCGCUCGAUGAGUUCUACAGAAGCCCUUUUCGAAUGAAAAAUCCAUGUUUUUGUUUAUAAUUAAUUGUUUUGUUUUUUGUUUGUUUUAUUGUCGAUGUACUUGUAUACCUGAAGGGGUGACUGACAGUGUUGUCCUGUCCAGAAGCUUGGUCACGCCACGCCAACAGACCUAGCUAGAUGUGGAAAUGGAACUAUGAGGAUCAUUGCAAUUGGAGAGGUGGGGUGUCCCAACUAAAGCUCAAACUCCGAAUAUGAGGCCCUAGUGAAAAUACCUAUAGGUAGUAGAUCACACCAGAGAGACAAUACUAAAGUUACUAAAGGCAAUACAGAAGUGGCUACUGUACUAUCGACACUCCAGAAUCUAUUGAUCAGAACCCACAACAAGACUAACUUUUACGACAUAACAUUAUUAUAUCUCUGUUGAUAUAUUGUAUGACAUUUAAAUGAAGAUUUAAAAAAAAGAAGAUUUUUUGCAUGGACAAAAAUGUAGCUGAAAAAAAAAGAAAGUUAUUUUCUUGAGGCUGCGACUUGAAGAAAAACUAAUAAAACAGAUCAGCCAUUUUCAACAAUUUAUAUUAUUUUUGAAUAUAAAUUUCACUAGUGCAUGUGGUUUUCAAAGGGGAGUGAAUGCAACAGCGUGAUAAAAAAAGACACAUUGUUUAUCAUUCUUUAGACCAUCCAUAACAAAAGUCUGUGUUUGGCAGACAUACAGUAAGAGAAACUAAAAUAAAAAGUUUUGGAGAUAUUUAUCAAAAAAAAACUGUUUAUGUGACAAAGUGAUGAUGAAAAUAAAUGUAAAUUAUUUAUUUCAUUGUAAAGGUUUACAAGCCUUAUAAAGAUAAACAUUAUGUGCAAAUUGUACACGUCUCUUUUUCUCCCUUGUCCCAGGGCAUCCCCCUGAUAUUGUCCAGAGUUUCAGGACUGUUGGUUCUUUUACAGCUCUGUAUCGUUUCAAUAUGUCUUUUUUGGGGAUUUGUUUAACAAGCAUGUUGUAAAGGAUUUUCUGCAACAUGGCUUGGGCACACCUUAAAGUAACUCAGCAUGUUUUGUUAAAGAGGAUAUUUGGGAUUUUUGCAGUUUCUUGUACAGUGCAUGUCAACUUCGUUACUUUUUCCCCCUCACCUUCAAUUGAAUUCUACAGAAAAUGAGUUAGUUACUUUCAUGGCCAAACUACUAAAACGUUUUAACAAAACAUUCCACUAACCCCUAGAUCAUAUUUUAUUUCCACUUUUUCAAAAAGAAUGACAAGGGAAAAUAUUUUAUAUUCAUUGGAGAUUGACAAAAAAGUUAUGGUUGCGAGUGUAUUUUAUUUCAGUAUUGUUAACUAACAUGCAAAAAUUAUCUGUUUUGGUACAGCAAGAAGGAUAUUUAUAUCCAAGCAAGAAGCAGCAAACAUACAACUUAUGUACUGUAUAUUGCUGUGUAGUUCAGGCACUGUUUGUGAGGAUGAGCAGAACACAAGGUCAAACAACAUGGGAUGUUGCCACAUUAUAUGAAUUUAGUUUUUUUGUUUUUGUGAAAAUUAAAUUAAUUUCACAUAUUUUUAUUUGUUUAUUUACAAGCCAAGACCAGUUUAUUUUUUAUUUUUAGUAAUUAUAAAUGCUUCUUGUGUAUGGGAGGUAUAUGAAUCUUACAGUUAUGUCUGAAUGAAAAUAAACUGAGACAUUAUUCCUUUUCCAUGUUAAACCUAUACAUUCUAAUGUCCAUCCAAUAUCUUGAUGCUAUAACAAGCUAUAUACUUUCAGUUUUGAUUUACAUUGUACAUAUUAGACAUUUGAAUAAAACAAGCAAACUCAAAUAGAUGAAUAGAAUAUUUUGGAAUAGGAAUAUUGUCUCACAUGAUGACAAAGACAUGUUAUUGACCCUUUUGAAUGCCUUUUCUUUCUUUUGUUUUGGUGCAAUGUGUUUAUGCCAAGGCUAUGUCUUGGUGAAGUAUGGUUGAGUACAGAGAUUUAUGUAAGUUAUUUUUCAAAUAAAAAAUGGAUAUUACACUGA